CUGCAACCACACCCGCCCGCGGUUUGUAUCUGAUGCCCAAGCUGUCUGAAGCUGUUCAGUUAUAUAAUGGGCUGACCCAAAUCGUCCCCCGGUGCUAUUCCCCCAAUCUGGCCCUCCAACACCAACGGACACUCCUUUUUUUCUUCUCAUUCAGUUGCUUUGCCCCCCUUCUCCCGCAGUUCACACAGUCCACACUGCCUGCGGCUGACCAGUCUUGUCACACUGGCUCGUUUUCCCUCUCUCUUCAGGUCGCUGCUCGCCGCUGCCGGUCUUUGCGAAGGAGACGACACUUGACAAAAUGCCGCCUGGUAGCUCAUCCAGAUCAUCCAAGCCGAAACCUUCGGAGGUGGCAGCUCAGACCAAGAGAAGCACCAUCCCUUACAUCCGCAAGAACUACGCCAACACAUGGCCGCUGUACUCCUACCUCUUUUCAAAUCCACUCAGUUUCACACCAGAUCAAUUUCCUCAGCGGCCAAUGGGUCUUGCAAACCCGACCUUUUGUGCGUCUACACAACCGGGGCCCCGGCUUUUUGGGUACACGUCGUACCUGGUUGUACCGCAUGGUCUCACUAACACGCAUCGUAGGGGUCCACACGGAUGAUCCCGUGGAUCUGGCCACGAACUGGUCAGCGCGGAACAACAACACAAGGGUGGCGUUCAUCUGCGCCGCCAACGAGAAAAGGCCCGGCGGGGACUGGGAGACGGGCGUCGUUGGCUACGAGGAGCGCCUGUGCCGGAGGAGCACGCUAUCCGCCACGAUCGCGACGCCGGGCCCGGCGUCAUACGUGUCUGGGGGCCACUAUCCUCUACCCUGGGCGGGAGGCAUCUACUCUGACAGAGUUGUCGUCUUCCGCGGCCCGCAUGAUAGGUACGAGGAGCGCAAACUGGAGGACUGGCGGGCGCUCCCCGUGGUCUCGGUAACGCCCAUGUGCCGCCCCAAGCUCAAGGAGGGUGGGACCAAGUACUCGUUCGAUGACGAGCGCGAGAUGGCCAAGAACAAGCUGCGGGCGGCCCUUAGCAUCUGCGCCUACAACGACAUACGCAACGUCGUCAUCGGCGACUUUGGCCUGGGCAACUGGUAUCGCAACCCGCCGCAAGAGAUGGCCGAGCUAUGGCGCGAGGUCUUCCUAUGGGACACGAACCUCAGGGGCAGGAUCGAGAACGUCGCCUUCGUGUUCGAGGACCCGUCUCAGAGCACAAUGCGCCUCAUCCUCGAGGAAGCGGCCAAGAAGAACAGGGGCGGCAGCGGCAGCAGCAGUGGUACUGGUGGCUCGGGCGGCGGCGGCGGCGGCAGCAGCAGCUCAAGCAAGGGGAAAGGAAAGUCGUCCGGCUCGUCUUCGAUCCCAGUCUGCCCGACGGACAUGGCCGUCUUCGAACGCGUCUUCAACCCAGCCGAGAUCCAGAGAGUCACACAGCAGCCCGACGGAAGAAUGGGACUGGGUAACCUUGUGUGUUAGACCAUUACCUACUCUUAGGCAAAACAUGAGCAAAUGGAGACAGCAGGGAGGUAGUCGGCCGGAGGCUGCUUGUGGCUUACUUUGGCCGGUCCAGUCAUGGGACUUUGACGGAGGAUGGCGUCUAUCUUGGAUUGUGCUGGAGGUCUGGUUCUCUUGGUAAAAGGAAGCUUCGUUUCUCGUCUUGAUACUCGAUUCCUGGGAUUCUCAAAAAACAAAAAAGAUUUGCUCCGGCUGGUGGCUGGCCGGCCGGCCGUCUGAGGUCACUUUACUCUAUUACUUUUACACAAUAAUUUCCAAAUUAGAGGUGUUUCCUUUUCCCUCCAUCCCCAACCGCGAUGUCGAUCCGGGCUGUCUCUCCGGUGUCCGGCCCAGGACCUCCCUGGACGCUUCACCGCCUACGUCAGCAUCUUGCCCAACCCCAUGCUCCCAGGGCUGCAGCAAUGGCGCAGGGCGUAUGCAAGAUCUGUGAUCUGCGAGUCUCAGG